GGAACUUGAAGCUUGUGCGGAGGCUCAUCGGGAUAUAAAUGUUUUUUUGUGUGUGUUGCUUUCUAUCUCGCUUGGAAGCUGCUUGGCUCAAUUGCUAAUUCAUCCACGGGCUGUGUUUUCUUCUCAGGAUUCGGGUGUGACACGACUACAUUCUCUGGAAUAUGCUGUCUCCAUGGUAACAGGCUUCAUGCAGACCCAGAAAAACAUCGGGCCAAGUUGAUCCUUUUUCCAACAUACCUUGAUCUGGGACACAGGGGAUGAAAAUUUGAAUGGAAACAACUAAAUAUCGCUGAGGUUUCCACUAGCCUGAAUUAUGGCAAAAACACAAAAGUGACUUUUCAAAGUACAUGUACUCUUUUGUCCAGGGAUCUUGCUGGAACUGUUUCAAAGGUCCCUUGAAACCAAGAGUAGAAAAAAGCUGCAGAAUGGAAUUUCAUCAGAAUUGAGUCAACUCUCAACCAUUAUGUUGGAGUUAUACUCAUUAUAUUGUAGGGGAUUAUAACAUUUUGCUGACCAUUGGGUCACAAAAGCAUUGUCUACCAGGACUAGGAUGCACCAACUCUUCAGUCAGGUGCUGGGCCAGAGGGAUUUGUCCAGAGCGGGCGAUCUGUUUUCGCUGGAGGAUGCUGCGAUCGAAGACUGCUUGUCACAGGCUCUGAACCAGAUCAAGUCCAUCUCCUGCUCACCAGAUUAUUUGACCAAUGACAAUGACCAGGCGGUGGUGGAGAUUUGUAUCACUCGCAUCACCACUGCCAUCAGGGAGACGAGCUCCAUCGAGAGGCACAGCACAGCCCUGGUAGGGCUCUGGGAGUCGUGUCUGGAACACAACCUCACGCCUCAAGGUGACAAUUUCGAGGACACGCCGCACACCAAGAUAGCCUCCGACAUUACCAGCUGCAUCCUGCAGAAUUACAGUUGUCCAUCAGUCAUGGUGUUGGCUGUCCCGGUGGCGGUGCGCUUCUUGGAUACAGGGAACAGAGAGCUGAGCAGGAACAUGUCCAGUUAUCUCUCGCUGGCUGCUAUAGUUGAGAUCGAUCUACUGGCUGAGCAUACGGAGGCCAUAACGCUCAGCGUGCUUGCAGGCAACCACAUGCUCCUCCGUGUACUCCCCUCAGUCUACCCCAGACAACCUAAUGUCAUACACCGUCACCUUGGCAAGCUCACUGCUAUAAUGUCACAGCUGGAUUCUGCAGAACAGCAACACCUGAUCAGACUGCUUCAAAUGGUGGCUGAGCAGCAUCCGCUGAUGUUGAGCCCCCAGGUGCCUACCCUUGUCAGUUACCUAGGCAACCAGUCUCUAAUUGAGGCCAUUCUAGGCACUCUGGUGGACGUGGCUCAAGCCAGCCCCUCCUCGUUGGUCAGCUGUCUGCCAAAGCUCAGGACUGUGGGACAACAAUGGCCUGCUCUUUUGGGGCACGUAGCCAAAAUCCACGGUGCUGUGGGCAUCAUCAAUGAGGUGCAUGCACGCAAUUCGUUGGUUUACCUGGUGUCUCUUCUGGGUGAUAUGGAGCACACUUUUCACCACACGCUGCUGCUGGAGAUCCGAGCCCUGACAGACCGUUACCCGUCUGUGCUGGGAGGCCACGGUAAAGACCUCUACAGGCUGAGCAACUCAUUCACAGCCAUAGCCAGAAUGCUCGGGAGGCGGCUGGAAGAGAGUGCCACCGCACGCUGCAGUGAGAAUGGGCAUUGUUCGCCAUCUCCCAGCACAUCGCUUCAAUGCGAAGGAGUUGGAGGUGAGAUUUCUGAGUCGAGGAAGUUGGUGAAGGCAGGAGGUGAGCCGGAGGUGCAAGAGGACUCUCCCGCCCCCCAGCGGCGAUACAGCCUCAACCAAGCAGUGAGGGAGGAGCAACGAGAGAUGAGAUUCAACAGAUCCAAGAGCCUGGCUCUUCACGUCGUGCGCUUGCGUUCCAUCAACUCAGACGGCGGGGAUGACGGAGGAGUGGAGCUGAGUCCAGACAACAUCGCAUUCACCAGCACUUUGCCACAUUCAGCAGAACACCAGGAAGAGAAACCUCCAGCCAAAAAACUGACAGACAAUGCGUCCACAUCCACCGCUGCCCCUGCGCCAGACAGUGGGGUCAAAAAGGCAGAGGGAGCACACAGCGAGCAGAAGAACAAAGAGGAGGAGGAGGCUGAGGUAGCAGACAGACUCUUCAUCCACUUAAGAGACAAUCUGGAAAUGAUCCGAGAAUUUUGUAAGGGCAUGGUACAACAGAUCCCCAUACCGGAACAAUGUGUAAUAGAAGAAUCAAACAGAGGCUGCGUGGCCAAGCUGUCCUUCUCGUGUCCCCUGAAGGGUCAUUAUUGCCUGUACACAAAGUCCACUUUCAACCUGAGCAGCCGCCGGCCUCAUCUUUGGAUACACAUCAUGUUGCUCCAUCUCCAGAGUAAGUCCAAAAUUCCACUAUGUUCUGGAGAUGAGUGUGUUCAGAGGUUGGCUUCUCUUUGGGGGAAGACUCAACUUAAAGGAGCUCACAGUUUCCACAUGGCAAUGACACAACACGCCACUCCACACAGAAAGGAUCUGGAGAGUCUCCAGAUGCAAUUGGAGGAGGUUCGCUUCUUUGACCUGUUUGGCUACAGUGAAGAAGAGGGAGGGUGGUUAUGCUUCAUGUGCAACAACCCUGAGAAGGCCACAGGUGUAAACCAGGAAGGUCAGCCUCUCAUUGAAGGAAAGCUGAAGGAGAAGCAGGUCCGCUGGAGGUUUAUCAAGCGCUGGAAGACUCGCUACUUCACUUUGGCAGGGAACCAGCUCCUCUUCCGGAGAGGCAAAUCGAAGGAUGAGCUGGAUGACAUUCCGAUCGAACUGAGCAAAGUACAAAGCGUCAAGGUGGUGGCCAAGAAGCGGCGGGAUCGGGGUCUACCGCGAGCUUUUGAGAUCUUCACAGACAAUAAGACGUAUGUACUGAAGGCCCAGGAUGAGAAGCACGCUGAGGAGUGGCUGCAGUGCAUCAACGUGGCCGUGGCUCAGGCUAGAGAGCGAGAAAACAGAGAGGCCACCACCUACCUGUGACCUGACCGCACCACCUUCAGCUUCACAACUCACCUGAGCUUUUAUGGAAGCGCACACAUAUUAAUCAAUAUGUUGAAAUGUGUUCAUGUUGUUUAAGAGCACAAACUCAUCAGAAGUAAUCUAUAGUUCAUGGAAGCAAAGUGCAACAGAAAGCAGCGCUCAGUAUAAAAAAAAACAGGAUUACUCAUUUUGGAAACAGGGCGAGCCAACUGACACUUUCAUUAAGUAUGCAGUAUUACAUUCUAGAAAUGAUAGUGAUAAUAUACCAGCAAUGGAACAACUGUGGUAAGCAACUUGAAUCAUGUCUCGAUUUCCAAAUAGAUCUUGAUUGGAACGAAGCAAACCAAAUGAGCUGAUAAAUUGCAUCCUGUAGUAAUAACCAAAAUAAGUGCAAGUGUGUGUGCGUGUGUGAACCCUACAUGUAAAAUUCCUUACAUUUUAAUAGUUGUCAAUGAACCAAUUAACCGAUUAUUUAAUAAGAUGAUUAAUGAUUACAUUUAACUAACCAAUUUUAGGGACAAACGACAAAAUGAAUGGAUGAAAUAUUACAGGAUUCUUGAUGAGCCAAAUUCAAAGCAGAGCUGACUGUAUGUGGCCCAAGGGCCGUACUUUGCAAACCCCUGAUGUGGACACAACCCCAUAGUUUGAGUUUUAUUUCAUAUUCUUGGAAGGCAAAGCGAUUAUUUCAAAUGUCAAAAUAUGCCUUAAAUGUGUAGGUAAUACGAGGUGUGCAAGUGACACAUUUGAUAUUUUCUUUUCUUCUGCUUUCUAUUUGUUUCAAAAAGAGCAGUUCAUAUUACUUUCUCAUAAAUAUUCAUCUAUUUUGAAAAUUCCCACAAGGGUCAGUCGGUGCAGUGGUCAAGUUGCUUUUCUUUGCUGUCUGGAGUAUUGCUAUUUUGGGGCGUCUCAAAGCCUAUCUUGAUGUUUUGCGGCAAAGUCAACGCUCUUGCCUCAUAGUUGAGUGACUGCAAGAAAAAUAAAUCAGCUGUUUUGUUGUAUUGAUUGAUUGCAACAAUCUCCUUCAAAGAUGUUAACGUCCUGUUAAAAUCUUGUUUUAAGAUUGUGCCUGCUUCACAGUUUCCAGCUUUCGGCCUGUCUUGUAGCACACGAGAGUUUUUUUUGUGUUUUUUUUUACUUAACACACAUCUCAAACUGUCACCUUCAUAAAACCGAUCAACUGUGUUUUAUAUUUUUUAGGUUAGGCGCCUAGUGGUUUGCGCAUCUGUCUCACAUAUCUGAGGUUUUGGGUUCGACUCUUGCCGCUAGCCUUUUUGUGUGGAGUUGAUAUGACCUCCUUCUACAUGAUAGAUUGAACUUGAUCACUUUUAGGGCAUUCAACCAUUUAGGUUCGACUGCACUUAAAUAUCUUCACUUCAAAUCUUAGUGCAACAGCUGGAACUCAGCUAACUGCAGACAUAACAUCGGCUCAGAUUACCUAUGUUGCAUUCUAUUUCCCCAUUUCCCUUCACCACCUCCUAGAAUCAAAAUCAGUGUUCAGUCAGUACCAUCACUUUGGUAGAAACGUUACACCAUUUAGACGCAAUCUAAGUUUAGUGAGAUGUUGGUGGGGGUGGGAUGAAAAAAUAUAUGGACUGAUUUUUGGUUCAGAAAAACAUUUUGUAAUGUCAGAUGCCACUGAUGUUGGAAAAGUUCUCUUUUUUCCAAAAAGUUUUUCCACAACAGCCAAACUCAUUCAAGGAUGACUUUGUGGAACACUUUAGAUAGGCUGAUUGAUCCAUUUUCAAUAGAGCAGGUGUGUCAGGGAGGGGUCAAGAAAACAGACCAAAAUCCAGAUGUUGGGCUAAAAGCACUGAUUUACCAUUUCUUUCUUUCUUUACCCCAACAGUGCCAUCUUUUGUUUUUAAAUACAAUUGCUUCAUAAAGCAAGUUUGAAGCUUCAUUUUCCCAUCACCAAACUGUUCAAUUAACCCAACAUGCAUGUUAGAAGAAACCUAAACAAGUGCAAAAAGUCCACACAGGAAGGUCUGAACUGAGAUUCAAACCCCCAAACUUCAUAGCUGUGAGGCAAACUUCCUAACCACCUUUGCCAUUUUAACAUCAAAUGUAUUUUUUGGCACUACAAUUAGUACACGUUAUUUUAAUAGGUCAAAGAAUGUGCUAUUUAUUUUGUAUAAAUGACUCAAUCAUGUGUAUAAAGACUACUGAAUGAAAUUGUCUUCCAGUUCUUCUCUUGAUUUGAAUCUUGAGGAUUGUGAAAUACCAUGGAUUGUGUGCACGUUGCCUUUUCUCAGCAGAGUUCAUCAAUAAAUCUGUGAUGGUGCAAUCAAU